AUGGCGAGUUCAUGGAAAAGAUACGUAUCAAUUUUUUUCGGCAUCUUCUUACUCGGAAGCUUAUUUUCACUUUCCCUCGCGAAAGAGGAGUCUCGAGAACUGGGAACGGUUAUUGGGAUAGACCUGGGAACGACGUAUUCAUGUGUUGGUGUGUUCAAAGAUGGAAAAGUUGAAAUCAUAGCGAACGAUCAAGGAAACCGAAUAACCCCUUCAUGGGUUGCCUUUACAGACAGUGAGAGAUUGAUCGGUGAAGCUGCAAAGAAUCAGGCAGCAGCUAAUCCAGAGAGGACUAUCUUCGACGUCAAGAGACUAAUUGGACGAAAGUUUGAAGAUAAUGAGGUCAAGAAUGACAUGAAGCUGGUACCAUACAAGAUCGUGAACAAAGAUGGAAAACCGUACAUAGAGCUCCAAAUUAAAGAUGGUGAGACAAAGGUUUUCAGUCCCGAGGAGAUUAGUGCCAUGGUUCUAACAAAGAUGAAGGAAACAGCUGAAUCUUACAUCGGAAAGAAAAUUAAGGAUGCAGUUGUUACCGUUCCAGCUUACUUCAACGAUGCACAGAGGCAGGCCACUAAAGAUGCUGGCGUCAUUGCUGGAUUGAAUGUAGCAAGAAUUAUCAAUGAACCAACUGCGGCAGCCAUUGCGUAUGGUUUGGACAAGAAAGGUGGUGAGAAGAACAUUCUCGUUUUUGACCUCGGUGGUGGGACAUUUGAUGUUAGUAUCUUGACCAUUGAUAAUGGCGUUUUUGAGGUUCUUGCAACAAAUGGAGACACACAUUUGGGAGGUGAGGAUUUCGAUCAUAGGAUCAUGGAUCACUUUAUUAAGUUGAUCAAGAAGAAGCACGAGAAGGACAUUAGCAAGGACAACAGAGCACUUGGCAAGUUGAGGAGAGAAUGUGAGCGCGCCAAGAGAGCUUUAAGCAAUCAGCACCAGGUUCGACUAGAGAUUGAGUCUCUCUUUGACGGCAUAGAUUUCUCUGAACCACUUACCAGAGCUCGUUUCGAAGAAUUGAACAAUGAUUUGUUCCGAAAGACAAUGGGACCUGUUAAGAAAGCCAUGAAAGAUGCCGGUUUGGAAAAGCACCAGAUUGAUGAAAUUGUUCUUGUUGGUGGAAGCACUAGAAUUCCGAAGGUUCAACAGCUUCUGAAGGAUUAUUUUGAUGGGAAGGAACCGAACAAGGGCGUUAACCCCGACGAGGCAGUUGCUUAUGGUGCUGCUGUACAAGGAGGAAUCUUGAGCGGUGAGGGAGGCGACAAGAUCGACGGUGUUCUUCUUUUGGAUGUGACCCCACUUACCCUUGGUAUUGAAACCAUUGGCGGUGUCAUGACCAAAUUGAUCCCUAGAAACAACGUAAUUCCAACCAAAAAGUCCCAGGUUUUCACCACUUACGAGGAUCAACAAACUGCUGUUUCCAUUAAGGUGUUUGAGGGCGAACGAAGUCUUACAAAGGACUGCAGGCUGCUAGGGACUGUUGAUCUAACAGGAAUAGCUCCGGCCAAAAGAGGAAUUCCUCAGAUUGAAGUUACAUUUGAAAUCGACGUUGAUGGCAUUCUGAACGUCAAGGCUGAAGACAAGGCUUCUAAACGAUUCGAGAAGAUCACAAUCACAAAUGACAAAGGUCGCUUGAGUCAGGAAGAGAUUGAUCGGAUGGUCAAGGAGGCUGAGGAAUUUGCCGAGGAAGACAAGAAAGUCAAAGAAAGAAUUGAUGCCCACAACAGCCUUGAGACGUACAUUUACAACAUGAAAAGCCAAAUCAACGAUGAGGACAAGCUCGUUGACAAACUGGAGUUGGACGAGAAGGAGAAGAUCGAGGCAGCAAUUAAGGAGGCCCUUGAAUGGAUGGAAGACAAUCAGAACGCCGAGAAGGAGGAUUACAAGGAAAAGAUGAAAGAAGUCGAGGAUGUAUGCAAUCCAAUUAUCGCAGCCGUCUAUCAAAGAUCAGGUGGUGCCCCGGGUGGCAAUUCAGACGACUACAACGAUGAAAAUGACGAGCUAUAG